AUGGGAAUUCUUCAAUUUGGGCAGUUCCAACUUCCCUACUUCAUGUCAUUCCUCAACAAUUUUGCUUCAAAGACAUUUAAUAUCAUCCAACAAAAAGUCACAUAUGUUUCCAAUACAUCGAGCCGAAGGUUGUUUAAAUCACUAGCAAUUUCAGGCUUAGUCCUCUAUAUCACCUACAUACUCUUAUCUGCCCAUCAAUGUUGCCAUUCAUCUCUCUUCUUCACCAACUCAAAGCAGAAAUGGAGUCCCUAUGCUGGCCCCAACUCUCCUACCAAUGUCAACCACUUAGUUUUUGGAAUAGCAGGUUCAUCAAACACUUGGGGACACAAGAAAGGUUACAUAGAAGCAUGGUGGAAACCAAACGUAACCCGGGGUUAUCUCUUUCUAGACAGACCUCCCAUAGAGAACCUUCCAUGGCCUUCAUCUUCUCCGGCUUUUCGAAUUUCCGAAGAUAACUCAAAAUACAAUGCGUACCACAAACACAGAAUGCCAUUUGCAAUCAGAAUGGUGCGUGUGAUAGAGGAGACAUUCAAGGCAGAAAAUAGAGGUGAUAUAAGGUGGUAUGUCAUGGCGGACGAUGACACAGUUUUGUUCAUUGAUAAUUUGGUAGAUGUUCUUUCCAAAUAUGACCAUACCAAGUACUUCUACAUUGGCACAAACUCGGAGUGUGCUCUGUCGAAUUUCUAUAACUCGUAUGAAAUGGCAUUUGGGGGAGCUGGGUAUGCUUUGAGUUAUCCAUUAGCACAGGCAGUGGCAAAAAAUAUGGAUUUGUGUAUCAAGAGAUACCCAACUUUGUUUGGCAGUGACCAUAUGUUACAGUCUUGUAUAGCUGACCUAGGAGUCUCCUUAACUGGAGAAAAAGGGUUUCAUCAGAUUGAUCUACACCGUGACAUAUCAGGUCUUCUAUCAGCACAUCCCCAGUCUCCUUUCCUCUCCCUCCACCACCUUGAUGUUGUAGACCCAAUCUUUCCCUCCAUGGAUCGCCAUGGAUCUGUUAACCAUCUUAUGAAAGCUGCAAAAGUCGAUUCGUCUCGAUUAUUACAACAAAGCAUCUGCUACCACAAGCAAAACAAUUGGACUUUCUCCAUAUCAUGGGGCUACUCCACUCAAAUUUACGAGAAAAUCUUUCCACCAAGCUUUCUUCAUAGGCCCCUUGAGACAUUUGCUCAAUGGAGGAAGGGUGCAACACCACCCUAUAUGUUUAACACUAGGUUUCCUUUGAAUGACCCUUGUGAAGCUCCUCAUGUUUUCUUCUUUGAAUCUGUAAAUAAAACUAGAGGCAACCAUAUUUUCACAAGCUAUGCUCGAAAAUCACCACGUGGAUUACCAGCUUGUUCAUUAUAUGGCAAUCAUUCUGCAGCUGGAAUCUCUAAAAUUGAUGUUCUGUCACCCUUGAGGAGUUAUGGAGGGGCUGGAAGUAGAAGAGAAUGUUGUGAUGUUGUGCAACUGGUUGGGAUGAAUGCCAUGGCGGUCAAGCUUAGGGCUUGCAAGAGAGAUGAAAUAGUGGGUUAG